AUGUGCGCAGGGCUGGUGUUAGAGGGCAAGCCACUGCCCACGUCGCCACCUCCAUAUGACGUUAAGGUCGACUCCAAUGAGCCCGACGGUGCAGAACCCAUGGUCAUGGGAGCGUCGAAGCGCAAGCCGCCGAAGAAGACCAAGACGCGCAAUGCUGCAGCAUCCAGCUCCAAGGUCAAGGGUGGCGAGGAGGUCGAGGCGACAAAGCAGAAGGCGACCGCCAUGCCCUAUGAAGCCAAUGCUGAAGGCGAGGCCUCGGUGGAGAAAUCGUCGAAGUCCAAGUGCGCCACCGAGUCCGCCACCGCCACUGGAGCUGUGGCUCUGUCCAACUCUGGCGAGGUCGCCAACUCUGGCGAGGUCACCAACUCUGGUGAGGUCUCCAAGUCUGGUGCACCUGCCAAGUCUGGUGCAGUCGCCAAACCUGGCAAAGGUAAGAAGUCAGGACCCAAGCCAAAGCUGGUGAGGAGCCAAAACUCAGGUGUGCAAGAUGGUGGUGAGGUCACCAGGACCUCAGUACGUGAGGCGGAUGAGGUCCCGCCUGCCAAGUCUGUUGCGAAGGAGGGUGGGCAGAUGACAAGGGUGGCAAUGGGAGGUUGCUCAGGCCCAAUGGUGCUCGUGAUCACCAGGAAGGCCAAGGUGAAUGCUCGGAAGGCAGCAGCCAAGGCGCCUCUGGUGGAAGGCGAUGGUAUGGAGGAAGCCGCCAGGCUGGCAAUGGAGGCGGUGCAGGCUAGGGCCUUCCAAACAGGGCCAGCUGCUCCGCUGCAAGCUAGCAGCAGCAAGCGCAUGCUGACACCAGUCGCCGACAAACCAGAGGAUGUGCCAGAGUUUCGGGCAGAGGUGGCGGAGGAUCAGCGCACGUCCUUGGAGUGGCCACACGAUGAUCGGCAGCAUUCACUGCUGACACGCCACGAGAUGAGUGCAGGAGCUGCCGAGGUGGCACAGGAGGUGACACCCUCCCUGGAGGUAUCCAAGGCGUCGAAGGGAGUGAAGUCCUCCGCAUCAGCGAAGGCGGGACACGUCGAUGGAGGGCGAAGGCCAGCAAAGAAGGGCACCACACUGGACCACAAGGCAGUGAAGAAGGAGGCAGAGGCGAAAAGGGACACGAAGGCGAAUCGUCUCAGAGCAGUGCCUCCAACCAGCAAGGGGAUACAGCACCCCACUUGCGCGAUGUCCAGUGAGUGUCGACAGGAAGUCCUGCUCUGGCGAAUGAAGGCGACACCACCAGUGGAGUUCCUGGCGCACAAGGAUGGGAUGGAAGUCCAAUUCCAGGAGAGGAUGGCGGACCUCAACACCGUCAAGGCAGAGAUCACAGCGGUGCUCCAGCGAAUGAACCCGCCAUCCGCACUUCAAGAAAAUGCCCGAAGCAUUCGCAAAGAGGCCAAGUUGGCGAUGGAAGAGUUUCGCAGGCCGGUCACCAUUGAGCUUCAGGAGAGCAUGAAGUUGGCAGUGGUGGACCUCGUCGCCAAGCGACAUUGCCUGCCAGAGCUCAAGGAGAAGGUCAACAGGUUGGAGCAAGGCGCAAACCAGACGGUGAGCCAGGCGGACAUCGAGAAGCUGCAGGGUGAAUUGGCCGAUCUCCGUCAUUCGAUGGAGCUCCAGGCAGCAUGGUCAGACAGCAUGGAGAAGGAGCUCAGGUCUUCAGCGGCAGAGGCGAUCGCUCAAGUGAGCAAGCUGGAGAUGGAGUUGACACUCGCCAAAGAGGAUUCGAUGGUGGUGGCGACGUCCGCUUUGGAUGAAGCAAAGAAGGUGAUGAAGGAGGUGGCGACAGCGAGAGAGGAAACCUCGCUGGUGGCGAAGUCUUUGGAUGCAUUCUGA